CGCACCUGGAGGACCAGCCCCUGCAAGGGGCAAGGGGGCGCUGGACAGGCGGCUCUUCAGUGUUCUUGGCACAUGUUUUUCAGCCUGUGCAUGCCACACCCUCUCCCCCACGCCCUGGGGGACACUCAGGGCAGCUGGAUUCAACUCCAGGACCUGCCGUUCUGACUUCUGUCCUUGAAGUGAGUGCCAAAAUGCCAUGCCUCCGGUCCCCAGGGUCUGGGUUCUGGGGCCAGCUGUUCCCCUAGAGACCUUGGGCUGAUUAUUUGCCUUUCCGACAGCUCCUUCCCUGAAUGCUCACCACCCACCGAGCACUUUGCAAAAUGACCGAUUCUUCAGGAUUAAUGGGUUCAGCCUUUCCUAGGAGGAUGGAUAUCAAUGUUCCCAUUUUGCAGAUGAGGCUGUGAAAACCUCAACUGACAGCAGCUAUAAUAUUUGUAAUGCCUUUCCCGGACGUAGCUUGCCAGCCGUUUUUCCUUAUUUAGCUCGUUGAAGCCCCUCUACAACCCGUAUAACAGAUGAGGAAACUGAGGCUUGGAAAGGCGAAGUGACUGCCCAAGGUCUUCCACCCUGGACUGGCGGAGGCAGGAACUUGGCCCUGGCAGCAGAGUGGGGCUGGGCUCUCUCCAGUCUCCCGCCUGGCCACGGGCUCUUGAAUCAUCGCAGCGCCCACAGUGGACUCUGAACUUGCUGGGAAACAGCGUGGGGAGGUAUUUGAGCACCUACGACAAGCCAGGGCCUGGGAUUCAGACCAGAAAGCCCCCUGCCCUCCUACCGCAGGCAAACACAACCCAGAUGCAGAAACAGAGGCCCAGAGAGGCUAAUAGCUUGCCUGGGAUCACCCAGCCAGAUACUGCAGAACUGUCAUUUGAACCCAGAGAAGAGCCAAGUAGAGCUGGGCAGAGGGCGGGGAGGCCAGCGGCGGCCUGAGAGGCCGCAGGCCCCCGCUGGCCGCCAUGAAGCUGAACGAGCGCAGCCUGGCCUUCUACGCCACGUGCGACGCGCCGGUGGACAACGCCGGCUUCCUGCACAAGAAGGGCGGGCGGCACGCGGCCUACCACCGCCGCUGGUUCGUGCUGCGCGGCAACAUGCUCUUCUACUUCGAGGAGCCGGCCAGCCGCGAGCCGGUGGGCGUCAUCAUCCUGGAGGGCUGCACGGUGGAGCUGGUGGAGGCCGCCGAGGAGUUCGCCUUCGCCGUGCGCUUCGCCGGCGCCCGCGCGCGCACCUACGUGCUGGCGGCCGAGAGCCAGGCGGCCAUGGAGCGCUGGGUGAAGGCGCUGUCGCGGGCCAGCUUCGACUACCUGCGGCUGGUGGUGCGCGAGCUGGAGCAGCAGCUGGCGGCCGUGCGCGCCGGGGCCUCUCGGGGGAAUCCGGGCCUCACCGGGCCCGAGGCUGACAGCCGGACCACCCUGCUCACCGCAGUGCCACUGCUCGUCCAGGAAGAACUUUAG